UUAAUAAUGCAUGGAAAUAUGGAUUAUUCUGCAUAAAAGACAAUGGAAGCCCAACUAUUUCUCUCUCCCGUCUCCUCUCUCUCCACUGCUUCCUGAUCUUCUUAUCUCUCCCCCCAAAGGUUUGGUAGUAUUCAAAGAACCAAACUCUUUUAGAGAAAAAAAAAAAUCAGAAAUUGGGGGUUUUGAUCCUUGUUUCAAAUUUUCAACAAAAUCAUUUGAGUUAUGGCCACGCAUCAGCUGGAAAAAACCAGAGAAAUGGCUCUAGACACCUUCAGCAGGCAUGAAGAAGAAAGGCUAAAACCGUUGCCAAAAACUGCCCCUGCCUCACCACCUUCAUCUUCCUCCUCCCCCUCCCAUGAAUUCUCCUUCACUCUCUCGCUCCACACUUCUUCUUCCACAUCAAACCCUAAUCACCAAUCCAAAUCCAAAACCACCACCCCACCUUCUUUCGCCAUUGAUUUGUCCCCCGCAGACGAAAUAUUCUUCCACGGCCACCUCCUUCCUCUCCAGUUUCUCUCUCACCUGCCCGUCUCUCCUCGCUCCUCCACCAACUCGCUCGACAGCUUCACCCUCCCCAUCAAAGGGCCGCUAGAAGAUCAAAAACCAACCAGAGAAACCGCUACCACCUAUGCCGAAAACUGCAUUCGAAACCGAAACAUCCUAAACAACAAGAACAACAGCUGCAGCAGCAUUGACAAGAGAAUCCCACGUCAGGGAAGCAAACACGAGACCAGGGGAAGAACAAAGUCCAAGUCCUUUUCGAUUUUCGGGCUUCCCAGACGGCGAAAAGAUUGUGAAAAUGGUGAAAAGGAGGAGAACAAGGAGAUGAAGAACAAGAGGAAGGUGAAGUUUGAUAUUAGUCAUAUACUGAAGAGGUACGUGAGAAUGUUGAGGCCGCUGUUGUUGUUUAGAGGGAGGAGAGAGAAGGGGCAGUUCCGGCCGCAACCCUAUUCGUUUUCAGGGAAUUUGAGCAUGUUAAACAAGCAUGAGUUGAGAGGUGGGAGGGGGGAGUUUUCGGCUCCGGCAUCGAUAAGGACGUCUCCAACGAAUAGCGGGCAUCUUGUUGCAACUGCAGCUACAAAUGUUCCUUGUUCUACAAGUGACAGCACCAUGGAAGAGUUGCAGGCUGCAAUUCAAGCUGCAAUUGCUCACUGCAAGAACUCCAAUGCCACAGAAGAGAAGCCCAAAUGUUGAAGAAAAUUAGAUAGCUAGAGCCUAGGAAGGUAAAAAUCAGGGGAAAUUUUAUAUUCGUAUUUUAUUUGUUAUUUGCAUAUAUAUAUAUAUACUAGCAUAUAUGAUGAUGGUGUAUGUAUUAAAUGAGUUAAACAAUUUUGUUCAGUAGAUUACUCCAUCUGCAUUCAAAUGGGUUGAGGAUCCAAA